UUUUUUAAGAGAGUGUUGGACUUGUUUUCUCAUUGAAUUUGGAAUUUGUUCAGAAUUAACAGAGAGAUACUUUAAAUUUGAAAGAAAAAGCCGUUUUUCAUGCCUGAAAAAAUGUCUGAUUCUGGAGUCAAUCCACACUUGGAGGGAAUUAUUUCAGAUUUUGAAGCUCUGAAGAGGUCCUUUGAGGUGGAGGAUGUUGACACCUCAUCACACUUGUCUCCUGGCUCCCGUCGGACAACCAACUCCCCUCACCGAAACGCCAUGUCUCCCACCAGCAUCUACUACCGUGACCUGGGCACUCCUCCCCCGGUACCGGCACCGGCACCGGCCACCAACAACAACAACCUCAACUUUGCCCAACCCCGCUCCAUCAUGGGCGGAGGAGGCUCCAAGACCCCCGAGCCUGUGUCGCGCCGUUCCGAACUCUCCAUCGACAUCUCCUCUUCUUCCAGCAAGCAGGUGGAUAACAUCACCAGCCCUUCAUCCACACGCUUUGCGGCCAACAGCGCCCUGAAACGUCCUGAAGUUCUGGGCCACUCCAGGACCCCCGAGAUGAGCCAGAAGAGGGAGGUCACUUUUGCCAAGACGCCUACCGAUUCUCCAUUGAUACGCCGCAAUGAGGGCAACAAUAACAACAACGGCACCGGCCGGGCCCCUGAGCAGAAUCACACUCGCAAGUUUGACUCUCCUAGUCACGGAGAUGUCCGUAAACCUGAAAUCAGCAUCACCAGAGCUCCUCCAGAAAACAACGGCCACCACCCACCUGUGCACCACCCACACCACCCCAAUCCUCACCACAAUACCAUUGUCACCACCUUCCGCUGCUCCUCGCCUAGUCAUGGACGAAAAUCCCCCAACCCUGACAGGUCAGAGGUUAGUCUGAGCCACAGCAACAUGUCGGAGUCUGCCAAGCCCCACCACCCCAACCCACAAGGUAAGGGGGAGAAGACCCAUGGCAGCGACUUCAGCUACGUGGGCAUCGAUGCCAUCCUGGAGCAGAUGAGGAGGAAGGCCAUGAAGCAGGGCUUCGAGCUCAACAUCAUGGUUGUGGGUCAAAGUGGCCUGGGGAAGUCCACUCUGAUGAACACUCUGUUCAAAUCCAAGGUGAGCCGUAAAUCAGUGCAGCCGAACCCGGAGGAGAGGAUCCCCAAGACCAUCGAGAUCAAGUCCAUCAGUCACGAUAUUGAGGAGAAAGGAGUGAGGAUGAAGCUGACGGUAAUCGACACUCCGGGCUUUGGGGAUCAGAUCAACAAUGAAAACUGCUGGCAGCCUAUUAUGAAGUUCAUCAAUGACCAGUAUGAAGCCUACCUGCAGGAGGAAAUCAACAUCAACAGGAAGAAGAGGAUCCCAGACUCCAGGGUGCACUGUUGCAUAUACUUCAUACCUCCCACAGGCCACUGUCUGAGGCCUCUGGAUGUGGAGUUCAUGAGGCGUCUCAGCAAGGUGGUCAACAUUGUCCCUGUCAUCGCCAAGGCCGACACACUCACCCUGGAAGAGAGGGACUUCUUUAAACAGACGAUUAGGGAAGAGCUGCGAGCCAAUGGAAUCGAUGUUUACCCUCAGAAAGAGUUUGACGAGGAUGCAGACGACAGGAUGAUCAAUGACAAAAUAAGGGAGAUGAUCCCUUUUGCUGUUGUGGGCAGUGACCAGGAGUACCAGGUGAACGGAAAAAGGAUUCUGGGAAGGAAAACGAAAUGGGGCACCAUAGAGGUUGAGAAUAUUGCACACUGUGAGUUUGCUUACCUGCGAGACCUCCUCAUCAGGACACACAUGCAGAACAUCAAGGACAUCACAGGCAGCAUCCACUAUGAGACGUACCGUGUCCGCCGGUUAAAUGAAUCCAACGCCCAUUUCAGCUCGCACCCAUCCGACCAUCCUGCUGCUCAACCAAAGGCCAACGGUCAGCCCGAGGUGCAGCACAGCGCUCCGCAGGCCAACGGAGUAGCUGCUCAGCAUGAAGUCCUGUCCCACGAGAUGUAGAGUCAAGAUACGAUAUCGGGACACGGCCAGGCACAAAACCUACACUCGCACAUGUAUUCUGUUUACAUUAACAAGCCCACACUCAUGCUGUGAAGCACAUUUUUUUUUGCCAUAAAACUACCUAACCACAGGAAGUUCUAAGACGCAUGAUUCAGACUAAAUCCAAACAUUUUCCUUCUGUGGGCUUAAUUAUAUUUUCCAUCAUUACAAUUCUGAACAAAAUCAUGUCUUCCUUGCAGAUACACAUUCUGUACAGAACAUGUUUUUUUUUUCUCCACGUCUACCUGUCCACGCAAUGCAAUUCAGGAUUGUUUACAAUAAACCAUGACAGUUGUCAGGUAAUGGAUGAACAAAAAAUCUAUACAUAUACAGAUUUGGCUGCUUUGUAGAGCCCGAGCUGACUGUCAGGACUGCAGUGGAGUGCAGUAGCCAUGCAAGUAAGAUUUAAGUAAAUCAUCAGUGAAACAAUGUACAAGAUUUUGAUCAGAAUCAGAUUAUGAUGAAAAAAGAGUGCCCAUAGAAAAAAAAUCCUGUUGUGUACAGAAUACUUUUGCAGCAUUUUGGGUUGACGGGAGGUUUAGCCAUGCAGGGCUGUCCAGGUGAGGAGAAUUGGCAUAAUUCAAAAUGAAGUGAAGCAUUUCAGAUGAUUCUACAUUAGCUCUAAACUAGGAAUAACUGUUAGAGCCACUGGCCUGGUCUGCGUUGUGUUGUGGUGUAUAGAUCCUAGGGUUAAGUAAGGACAUUUAGAUUAGGUUUAUAGUACCUUGGAGAAAAUACAGAUAUUGUUGACACCUCCGCACUGCAAAAUAAUAAUUUUUAAAAAACGAAAGCAGUGGCAGUGUGGAGCAGCUUUCGCUAAAAUUAUUCCCACUGUCAUUUUUCCUUUUGUGUUAUGAUGUUUAAAAAAAACAACCUUUUUGCCAAACCACCCUGUCUCUUUCUAUAUAAUGCCAAUGUUGUGUAAUACAGUCAUACCUUGCAUUUUACAUUGCUCAUUUACUAUUGUAUUUGUGUCGCUGUUGUUCAUGUUCUAAUAUUGUAUACUUUUGGGAGUUGUGGAGAAAUCUGUGCAACCUUUGUCCCAUGCAGCCGAUUUGUCCAUGUUUUUCUGACCAAAUAAAAGUCUUUUUUUCUGUUCUAAAGAGAAGCACAUACAGUAUAUAGAGUUGAUUUAUGAAUAGGUAUUUAUGUGUAUGUUAAGUGUAAUCAGUUUAUUUCACCUUUUCAUUCAAGCUGUUUGCUUCCAGAGGUUUGUUCCAAGUCUCUAACAAUGAUGAUCGUUUAGCUUUACACAGUGUUAUUUGUGGCCUGAAUUCAUACAGUAUGUUGUACCCUGUUGGCUAGACUGCACUAUAACUAGCACCAAAGUGCGAAAGUUGUCUAUAUUUGUAAAUUGAUUAUUAAUAACCACAACCAAUCCUCCCAAUAGAUAAUGGUUAACAGUGAUAUUUUACAGUUUCAAAGCAUUUUUUCAGAGUGGAAGAAAUUGUGCCAAAAUAACUUAAAUAACACCAAUAAAAUUGCAACGUUUUUUAAAAAUAUUUGUGAAGAAUGUGUGCAUUAAUAUAAACUCAAGGGAUAUUUUAUAGAGGUUACAUCUAAAUUUAGAACAUGUUUGUUUUCCUCAAGUCAAAACCAAAGUGAGUUCCAUACACACAGAAGAGAUAAUACAUUCACAACCAAGAACUAUUGUCUUCUAUCCAGAGAAAGUUAUUGGGUUACACUUUGUUUACUGUUGUAUAGUUCUUGUGUACUUUGUUAUGGUAUUAUAGAUUAAGGUUUUAUCUUUGAUAUGCUAUCUCAAAGAAUAAAGAUUGAUAUUUUUAUUGUUUAAA